AUGCCGCCUGAACUCUCGGGGGCAGAGCGCAAGGAGGAGGUUAUUGGCGAACGCGUGGAGUUCGAGGUCAAGAUCAUGAGCGAUGGCAAAUUGCGGGCGCAGGCUAUCUCAAGGCUGUUCUCGGAAGGGGACAGCGCACCCUCGAGAGGUCCAGGCGCGGAGCCCGCAGAACUGUCGGAGCUCGAGGACGAUGUGGUCCAGGAGAUGGCAGAUCACCUGGCAGACUGUGGCAACGGUCAGGACUAUGGAAAGUUCAGCAAUCGCUUUCCGCGUGUGAAGAAGCGCAAGAUUGAGAAGCAUUUUGACAUUAUCACAGAAGAAGGCGGCCGACAGCGCGUCGAGCUGCCCCCGGAUCAUCCUCAGCGAGUUGAACCGCCGGAGGAACCUCUGCCAGAGUCGUUGCCGGAAGAGUCCGAGGCGAAAGAGGAGCCCCGCGAGGACGUCCCGUACGAUGACUUCCCAGAAGAAGCCGAAGAGACACGCCCAGAGGAUGCGCCUGUGGAGGAUGAUGUGGAUCCAAACGAGCCUGCCAUACCUUUGGGCCAUGGGGUGCAGCCGAUGGGUGUUAUCCGCGACUACGAUGCCGUCAAGGGAUUUGGCUUCAUCCGCGUCGAAAACCAUCCAGAGGACAUUUUCUUUCCUCGCUCAGCGCUGCCCAAGUCAUUCCAAGCCAGCGACAAUCAAGAGAUGCCGGCGCUGAAGGGAGUGCAGGUCACCUUCGACCUGAACGAAAGCAACAGCCGCGGACCCCGCACCGACUCGCUGAAGUUGCUGCUAAGGUGGUUGCAGUCCGACAGGUGCUGGCUUCUGAAGAGAGUGAGGAUACCUCCCAGACCGGCCCGGAAUAGAUCCUGA